AAGUGAAACAGCAGUAUUUGAAUAAAAUCAAGGAAUGAAAGAGAGGAUUUGGAGUAUUUAUAAGAAUUUUGAAAUUAAGCGCUGACACUUUUAAACCCCAAAAAAGACAUUUGAUACAAUUGAGCUGUAGUAAAUUAUAAAGAUUAUAAAAAUUACCAUUGAAUCAGCCAAAUCAAAUAGAAUUGAAAAUGAGUAAAUCAAGACAUAAUACCAGUUCAUCUAGAGGUAAGAAUAAUCAUAAUAAUCAUAAUAAUCAUAGUAAUUAUAAUAAUUAUAAUAAUCAUAAUGAUAAUGAUAAUUUUGAUGAUUUAUUAUCGGGAAAUACAUUGAUUAAAAAAUUAGUUAGAGUUAUUGUUGAAGAUUUUAUUGAACAGAUUAAAUACAAGGUGAAGAAGAUAAUUAGGGGGAUACCAUAUCAAGAAGAGGCUUUAAGGUAUUAUUCUCGACAUCCAGUUUAUAUCAGUUUUAUUUUAUUCUACACAGGUAUAAUUUCGUUUCCUAUUAUAGUUGUAAUAAUGUUUAUAAUCAGUUUUUUUUUUCAAGCGAUUAUUGGGACUUUUUUGUUUAUUCUAAGCAAUUUUUUUAAUUUUUUUUUGAUUAUUGGGGUUGGGAUAUUAAGCCCAUUGAUAUUUAUUUCGAUUGUUAGUAUUACUAGUUUUUUAAUGAUUACACAAGUGUUUAUUAUGAAAGUUUACUACAAUGAUGGUUGGAUAGAUAUUGAUGAAGAAGAAAAUGGAAAUGGAAAUGAGAGCGAAAACAAGAACAAGAAUGAGAAUGAGAAUGAGAAUGAGAUUAAGAAUAAGAUUAAGAAGUUUAACUAUGAUAAUUACAACAAGUAUAAGAAAAUUACAGAUAAAUAUUUGAAUAAUGUUAAAGGGAUAAUUAAUAUGAUUAAACUAUCCAAACGAGUUUCGUUAUUAUUAAAUUUUGUGAAGAUGCAAGCUAAGAAUGGCAAAAAGUAAAUAAAGAUAAAAUGAUUUGCUAAGAAUUAAA